AUGGAGAGCCUGCUGGAGAACCCGGUGCGCGCCGUGCUGUACCUGAAGGAGCUGACCGCCAUCGUGCAGAACCAGCAGAGCCUCAUCCACACCCAGCGCCAGCGCAUCGACGAGCUGGAGCGGCGGCUGGACGAGCUGAGCACCGAGAACCGCCACCUCCGCGGGCAGCAGCCGCCCCCCGCCGAGCCGCCCCGCGGCCCUCCCGCGCCCGAGCAGCCCCCGCCGCCGGGCCAGCCCGAGCAGCUCCAGCACCACCAACAGCUCCCGGCGCAGCAGCCGCCGCCGCCGGCGGGCAAGCAGGCACCGGCGGGGCCCGGCGGCAGCGGCCGGGCUGCCGGCCACCAGCACCCCCCUGCCCAGCCCCACCAGCACCCCGCCGAGAAGGACGGCAAGGAGAAGGGCUGCUGCGCCGCGCUGCUCCAGCACAAGACCCCCCAGGCCAUCGGCAAAGGCGUCCUGAGCCGCAGACCGGAGAAUGAAACUGUUUUACACCAGUUCUGUUGCCCAGCUGCUGAUGCAGAGCAGAAGCCUUCAACUCCAGACUCCUCACCAAGUGACGAUCCCAGCGGUUCCACAAGCAAGAAAGCCGAGUGUGAAACGGAGGAUCCGAAGGAGGCCGGCAGACAGAGUGGCCAGGAAGGCAGGUCCGACACCCUGACGCUAAGAGCCCAGCAUGCGGAGCUCCAAGAAGAGCAGGCAGCGGGGUGUUCCCCGCUGGUGCAGAAGGCGAGCCUCCACCACACGGGCUCCCCAGUGAGGGUGCAGCGCAGCAAAGGGGCGGCCUCGUGUUCCCAUGCAGCUGCCUCCGAUUAUGAGCUCUCCCUUGACCUAAAGAAUAAACAGAUCGAAAUGCUAGAGCACAAAUAUGGAGGUCACCUGGUGUCUCGCAGGGCAGCCUGCACCAUCCAGACUGCUUUCCGGCAGUACCAGCUCAGCAAGAACUUUGAGAAGAUCCGCAACUCACUGCUGGAGAGCCGCAUGCCUCGCCGCAUCUCUCUGAGGAAAGUCCGGGUCCAGAACUCAGAGAGCUUCUCUGCUGAGAAAGCCCUGGUGGAGGGUUACAACUUUGUGGGCAUCCCCCUAGUGAGGUCCCCGUCUUUGCCAGCUACCAUCAGUGGGGCACUGACUGAGCUGGAGGACUCCUUCACAGAACAAGUUCAGUCCCUGGCCAAGUCUAUUGAUGAUGCCCUCAGCACCUGGAGCCUGAAGACCAUGUGCUCACUGCAAGAUGGGGGCUCAUACCAGAUAAGAGAGACUUUCAGUGCCAGCUCAAUGCAGCCAAACCAAGACUUAGAAACUGAGCUGCAGGACAAGGAGAAGGAGGAAGGGCUUCUGCCAGAUACCCUACCCAAGAGCAGCAGCACUCUCAUGAUGGCUUUUCGAGAUGUCACAGUCCAGAUCGACAACAAGAACAUCUCUGUCUCAUCGUCUACCUCGGUGUCUAUGGCAAACUGCCUCAGCAGCAAUGCCCAGGCUGAGCUCUCUCAAGCUAUCAAGGCUGAAGAAAGCCCAGGAGAAGGGGAGGGAGAAACCAGUGGACCACCGGCUGCCCCAGAGAGCUUGCCUGAGUCCAGAGCUCUCCAGAACAGCCACACUUUCACCGAGGUGAAUGUCAGUACUAAUGGCACAGGAGACAGCAGUGCUGAGCCUGGAGAGAUGGCAGUGCAGAAGCUCCAGUUUGAUGCUAGCAAUGAGAUGGGGCAAAGCAAAGGCUCUGAGUCAGAGAAUGCAGACAACUCAGAGCAGCUGAGCAGCAGCAGCACCUCCACUUCAGCCAAGUCAGCCUCUGAGGUGUCCUCAAAAGAAGCAUUGCAGGCUAUGAUUCUCAGCCUCCCAAGGUACCACUGCGAGAACCCAGCUAGCUGCAAGUCCCCCACACUUUCCACAGACACCAUGAGGAAGCGCCUCUAUCGCAUUGGGCUGAACCUCUUUAAUAUAAACCCAGACAAAGGGAUUCAGUUCCUGAUCUCCCGAGGCUUCAUCCCGGACACCCCCAUUGGUGUGGCACACUUCCUGCUCCAGCGGAAAGGUCUCAGCCGCCAGAUGAUUGGGGAGUUCCUGGGCAACAGCAAGAAACAGUUCAACAGGGAUGUCCUUGACUGCGUGGUGGAUGAGAUGGACUUUUCAGGCAUGGAGCUGGAUGAAGCUCUGCGGAAAUUCCAGGCCCACAUCCGCGUGCAAGGGGAGGCGCAGAAGGUCGAGCGGCUAAUUGAGGCUUUCAGCCAGAGGUACUGCAUGUGUAACCCAGAUGUGGUCCAGCAGUUUCACAACCCGGACACCAUCUUCAUCUUGGCCUUUGCAAUCAUCCUCCUCAAUACGGACAUGUACAGCCCCAACAUCAAGCCCGACAGGAAGAUGAUGCUGGAGGACUUCAUUCGCAAUCUGAGAGGGGUGGAUGACGGCGCUGACAUCCCACGGGAGCUGGUGGUAGGGAUCUAUGAGAGGAUCCAGCAGAAGGAGCUAAAAUCCAAUGAGGACCAUGUGACUUACGUCACCAAAGUGGAGAAGUCCAUUGUUGGAAUGAAAACGGUUCUGUCGGUGCCCCAUCGCCGGCUGGUCUGCUGCAGCCGUUUGUAUGAAGUGACUGAUGUCAACAAAGUGCAGAAGCAGGCAGCUCACCAGAGGGAAGUUUUUCUCUUCAAUGACCUGCUGGUGAUCCUCAAGCUUUGCCCCAAGAAGAAAAGCUCCUCAACGUACACAUUUUGCAAGUCGGUUGGCCUACUAGGGAUGCAGUUCCAUCUCUUUGAGAAUGAAUAUUACCCCCAUGGCAUCACGCUGGUGACACCAGUUUCAGGCUCAGAGAAGAAACAGAUACUACACUUCUGUGCUCUGGGUGCUGAGGAAAUGCAGAAGUUUGUGGAAGAUCUGAAAGAGUCAAUAGCAGAAGUGACAGAACUGGAGCAGAUAAGAAUCGAGUGGGAGCUGGAGAAACAACAAGGGGCAAAGACUCUCGCAUUGAGGACCAAUGGAGCCCAGAUGGAACUGCAGUCUAAGCAGGGCUCUCCAACAGGCAAGAAGGAUCUGGGGGAGAAGGUCUCGGACAGCACAGUGGAGGUGUCAAUUCACAACAGGCUUCAAACGUACCAGCACAACUCCGCCCUGGGGCCCGAGAGUGGAAUGCAGCCCAGCACGCGUCUUAACAUGCCACGGGAGCGGCUGGAGACAGCACUCAUGCCCUCGCACCCCGCCUCAGCGGGGACACUUGUACAGUGCCAGCAGAUUGUCAAAGUCAUUGUCCUGGACAAGCCGUGCCUCGCUCGAAUGGAGCCGGCCCUCAACCAGACUCUGACGCGCUAUGUCACCUCCGACUCCUGCACUUCCACCCCCUGGCGCAGUGUGGGCAGUGGGCUCCCCGGGACCCCCAUGAAGCUGGUCCAUCAGCCUCCCCUCCCACCUCCACCACCUCCCUACAACCAUCCCCACCAGUAUUGUCCCCCCAGCUCCCUGCUUCAGAGGCGCAGGUACUCCAGUGGCUCACGCAGCCUCGUGUAGCCACACCACCAGCACCAAAACAGCACAGACUUCCCUGCUUCCCUUCCCACCACCUCCUGGGGACCCUUUCUGCCUACAGAGAUCUAGUUUGUGAUUUAUUUUUUAGUAAAAGAAGAAGAAAAGAAAAAAAAAAAAAGCUGACUGACCUAACUCUUACCCCUCAAGAUGAUGCUAAACAUGAGGAGCCAUCUACAGAAACUGCCGACCUUACAUGCUCACACAUCCUCACAUGCUGCCAGCCCAG